AUGCUUCUAUUCUGGAUAGUCGGUUUAUUUAUAUCAGCAUGGUCGAUCUUACUAAAAAGUAAGAAACCUAAAGGAACAGAAAUUGACAAAUAUCAGAGUGUUGCUUCAAGUGGCGCCGGUCUUCCACCUGUACCUAAACUGGAUAAACGUAAUGAGCGACUGCCAGUCGUCCAAGCGAAAUCCGACUAUGAUCCUUGUAAAACAUCAAAGAGUAUAUGUCAAAACAAAGGAAAAUGUAUUAAUCGAGACGGACAGUUCAUCUGUAAAUGUCCACCAACUCAUUUUGGAAAAACCUGCGAACGUAUUGCGGACACAACAUUUUGCAAAAAUCAUCAAUGUCAAAAUGGUGCCACUUGCAUAAGCACACAGAAGAAUCAAACUUUUGUGGAUCCGCUCAAGUUACGUGAGUACAAAAAGAAGAAUCCUGACGUACCAGCAUUAACAAGCAAUGAAAAUUUGAUGACCACAAUACAAUACCAAUGCAUCUGCCCCGAUGGUUAUAUCGGCGAAUUUUGUCAUAUGACAGAGGAGGAGCAAAGCUGUGAAGAGGAUUACUGUAGUAGUCAUGGACGGGGAUUGUAUGAUCCAGAAGAAGGUUGUGUCUGUGAAUGUGAUCCACAAGAAUGGAUCGGAGAGCGAUGUGACAUACGCUCACCGUGUGCUGGCUACAGUUGCAUGAAUUCGUCAAAUUGUACCCUCAAAGAGCAUCCUCAGGAAGAAGCUGUCGAGGCCAUAUGCGUUUGUCCUAACGGUACUGAACUUCUCAAAACUACCAUAUCCGGAGAUCAUUGUGAGAAGAUUGAAACGGACGACGAGAAAUCCUUGCUUAUUCCAUGUAGGAAAGACCACAACUACAGAGCUUGGUACCAAUUGAUCCAUGGAAUGAUCAAGGGCAAUGAUCGCAAGAAUUUAGAAGAAAUGGAUAAGUCAUGCAUAGAAAUUGACGGCAGUAAAUGUGCACGUGAUGGUGUUCUACGAGGCGGUUGGUGCUACCACGAUGGAGAAUGUCAUGUUCGCGUAGAGACCUUUCCGUCUGGGAAACGGUAUCUUGUCCCGUUUUGUGAAUGCAAAGAUGCUGACAGUGGACGUUUUUGCGAGUAUCACCGAAAAGACGCCUGUGAGCCUACAGCUGUCGAGAAGGAGGAAGGAGUUACACGCGAGAAUCGAUGCACAAGUCCACAAAAUGGAGUAUGUAUCUCACCAGAAGGAAUAGCACUCUGCGAUUGUUUUCCCGGAUACGUCGGAGAGAAGUGCGAUAUUUAUGAUCCGUGCGCACGGAAUCCAUGUGGCAAGGCUUCCGAAUGCGUUGUAAUUCCGGAUGAGACCGAGGUCAAAGGAGAUUUAUCGGCUCAAAACUAUCGCUGUGUUUGUGGAAUGUCCGAAAAUAUUGACGAAGAGAACACUGCCCAAACAAAAUGUAUCUACACUGGAACUGGGAAUUGCUCCAGGCCAAAAAAUCCCUGUAAUCGUGGCGAAUGUCUCGCAUGUGAACAUCCUGGACAAGGUGAAAUUCUACAAAUUUGUAGCGAAAAAGAAAAACGCGACGGUUACAGAUGCAUAUGUGAGCCUGGUUUUAAACCACCGUACUGUGAAGCGGUUGCGGAUGCGUGUUUCAACAAUUUAUGUAUAAACGGAGGACAAUGCGUGGCAAAAUCACCGUUUACCUAUGACUGCAAAUGCGUCCAUGGAACAAGUGGAACUCUUUGCGAGUAUGUGAAUGACUACUGCGAAGCUGUUGGAAAUCGUGUUUGCAUCAAUGGAGACUGUUACGAGGAUCCCACCUCAACUCGUCAAUUUUCCUGUCAUUGUCGAUUCAUGUUUUAUGGAAGAAAUUGCGAGCUGCGGCGAACUGUUAUGGAAGCAAACCUUAUGUGGAUCAUGGAAAACUCACACUUCGUUUUCCCAGCAUGUUCUGUAAUUGCGACAUUUAUACUUCUUUUCAUAGUGUAUUUUGCAUGCCUAACUCAACGGAGGAUCUCCGAGGAGAAAGAAGCCGAAGAAGAUUACGGUGAUAUUAGAGAUCGAAAGAUCAGAGUUGCGAUCGAGCAGAAGAAGAAUGUUAUUAGAAGAAAGAAAGACUACGUCAAACUUUUGACAUUGGUCAAUAAACUGCAAGCACAGAACGAUGCAAAAGUUGUGGCUAGAACAGUUCCACCCAAAGAUAACCGAGCUGAUGUUGCAAACGUCGCGGAUAAUGUGGAAAAAACCGACGCGUAUAUGCCUACGAGAAAUUAA